UGGCUCGUGCAACCCGCCCUGAUGGUUCGCGGUGGUUCGCGCGAAAGGAUCGUCGUGUGUCGCGAUGCGCUACCGAACGGUUCGCACGUGCCUCGAUAAUCGUUCGCGAGAAGAGGCGUUCGCUUGCCGAAUUUGAUUUUCUGAAGACGAGGAAGCGAAGAAUCGUGACAAUCCAGGGAGAUAAUCGCGGAUUUUCAUAAGCAUUUUUUUUUUACAAGAGUGGAAGCGUUUUUAAUUUCUUAAAUUUGUCUCUUUAAACUCGCUCUAGCGAAGCUAAAAAAAAAGAGUACUAGCAAUGAAAUAUUUCUUUAAUUUUUAACGCUGUAAAAUUCUAGAUAAUUUAAUUGCAUUAAAGAAAAAUAUAAUUUUGUUCCUUAAUAAUUCCUCACGCAGAUGAACUUAUGAGAAAAAUAUCGUACGGGGAUAAUACACGUUUCUUCUUGGUAAUCCAGAAAAAUUGUGGACGUCGUUCAGUGUCUGAAUAAUCAAAGAUCAAAAGAUGAUUCGCAUCGUGCAAAGGCAGUAACGCAAUUGCGAAGGCCGCGGGAUGAAGGCUUGCACAAGGCCUAUCUCGACAUUCCUCGUGCCGCGUCUCACCUGAAAUCUUGAAGCGACGUGUCUUCGAACGAAGAUUGAAGGAUGUCUUUGGGGCAGCGUAUUUCCGGCGCGGUUGCGGUUCUCCGGGGGACCUCGACGGAGGCCAAGGAGGGCGGCGGGCACACGUCGUGCGUGGAGGAGAUCGAGAAGAUGACAUCCGAGGAGGAAGUCGAGGCCGAAGCGCAGCACAAAGUGACGGCGCUCGAUAGGCUACAGAUGGUGAUAGAAUGGAUGGGAAGUAACAUGCUUCUGGCACUGACCAUCGCUGGAGUUUUGCUGGGUCUGGGUCUUGGGUUUCUGGGUCGAUUGGCCGAUCUUACGCCGCAAGCUAUAACCCUCGUCAGCUUCCCGGGAGAGCUUCUUAUGCGGAUGCUGAAGAUGUUUAUCCUGCCACUCAUCAUCUCCUCGUUAAUUUCCGGAAUGGCACAGCUGGAUGUUCGAAGAUCAGGAAGGAUAGGGUUCAGAGCGUUAACGUACUACUCGAUAACGACCAUUCUCGCCGCCAUAGUGGGCAUCGCGAUGGUGCUGAUGAUCCAUCCGGGUAAUCCGCAGAUCAAAACCUCGGUCGCGGCGGUGGUGAAGGCCGAGGAGACGAAAGUCUCCACCGUAGACGCGAUCCUCGACAUAAUUCGAAACAUGUUGCCGGAGAACCUGGUGCAAGCGUGCUUCCAGCAGGUUCAGACCUCCUACGUGAGGAAGAAGGUGGUCGUGAUCGCCGGUAACAUGAAUCAAAGCGAGUACAUAAUAGAGCCGGCCUUGGUUUACAAGGACGGCACAAACGUGAUGGGUAUGAUCGUGUUCUGCAUCAUCUUCGGCGUACUCGCGGGCCAGAUAGGACCGCGCGGCAAGCUGAUGGUGGACUUCUUCGUCGUGCUGAACGAGAUUAUCAUGAAACUCGUCACGAUCGUCGUCGUUUGGUAUUCUCCGUUCGGAAUUAUGUGUCUGAUAGCUGGAAAAAUCAUGUCAAUCACAAAUCUGGCGGCAACCGCCCAGAUGUUGGGUCUGUAUAUGGUGACAGUUGUAAUAGGCUUGAUGAUACACGCGAUCAUCACGCUGCCAUUGAUCUACUGGUUUAUGACCCGAAAGAAUCCGGCGGUGUUCUUUAGAGGUAUGAUGCAAGCCUGGGUGACAGCGCUGGGAACCGCUUCGAGCGCAGCGACUUUGCCCCUGACUUUCCGUUGUCUCGAAGAAAAUAACAAGAUUGAUCCGCGAGUGACGCGUUUUGUUGUGGCGGUCGGAGCCACCGUAAAUAUGGACGGCACGGCUCUUUACGAAGCCGUGGCCGCGAUCUUUAUCGCACAAUUGAAUGGAAUCUCACUGGGAUUCGUUGAAGUCAUUACUGUCAGUCUUACGGCUACUUUGGCGAGCGUUGGAGCCGCAAGUAUCCCCAGCGCAGCCCUGGUCACCAUGCUGUUGGUGCUGACUGCCUUGGGUCUCCCUACGAACGAUGUUUCCCUGUUAUUCGCCAUCGACUGGAUGUUGGAUCGGAUCAGGACCUCGAUCAACGUUCUGGGCGACGGUUACGGGGCUGGUAUAGUCUAUCACUUAAGCAAAGCGGAGCUGGACAAGAUGGACGAGGAGAGGAGGCUGGAGGGUCUGGAAACCGGAAGGCCUUUCGAGAUCGCCGCCGAGGGCCGGCGAGAGGAGACAGAGACGCUUGAGCAGACUUCCGAGACGAAAAUCUGAGGUCUUCUCGCAGAUUUCAGAAAAAUAUUGACGCUGGUCUCGCCGAGAAUGUUAUCCGUCAGUUCGCAAGAACUAUUACUCGUCCCUGUGUUAGGUAUACUCGUGUAUAACGCGAUUGACUUUCACUGCCGAAAUCGAGUUUCUUCCGUGGAGAUUAAAUGCAAUGCAUAUCAUAAGCUAUAUAUAUAUUAUUAAGAAUGUAGGUAUAAUUUGAGUCUUAUUAAAGGGUAUACAAAUAGGGUUCCAUUUUUGUAGUAUUAGCUAAUGGGGAUAAAGGCGUUAAACUAAUUGAAGUAGAAAAUGCGAGCAUGUUAAGUACAAACCUAAUGGAAACUGUAGAUCGAUUUCUCAUCUUUCUUUUCCUUAGUGCGUGAGGAGAUUCUUCUACUUUAGAAUAAUUUUAGUAUCAACGAAUGUACGCAGAAAUAAUCAUGUACAGUAAAAUAAAGACAUAAAGUGCAGUAAUAAAGGAUUAGAAACUGCAUCUGACACAAAAAUCGUCAAAAUGCGUUAAAAUGUUUAUCGACGAUAGUUAAAAAGGAAAUAUUAUAUCGUGAAUAAAUUUAAACGGUUUAUUUGAAUGGCGUUGAUUAAACGUUAAUAUUAAUUAUUGAGCUAAAUUAAUUGCUGUUGAUAAUGACGAUCAAAAUAAUGAUUUAGUCAUUUACACGAAUGUGUUCACAGCCGUUACGUGUAUAGGUAUAUGUAUAUGGUUACCAGUACCUUCAUCAAAUAACUGUAAUUCAGUAAUUAAUAAUUUAUUAUGCAAAUAUAUAUAUAUCAUAUCUAUAUAUAUAAUACAUCCAAUAAAGAACAUGGCUCCUAUA